AUGACUCCCGUACACUUCAGCUUCACUUUGGCAUUUACCCUAGGGUUCUCAGGCCUAGCCUUCCACCGAAAACACUUAUUAUCCGCCCUCCUUUGUCUAGAAGCAAUAAUAUUAUCAUUGUACAUUGCUAUAGCCUUAUGAUCUUUCCAAACAGAAUCCACCGUAUUCUCCUCAGCCCCGAUAAUGCUACUAGCCUUUUCCGCCUGCGAAGCCAGUGCAGGCCUAGCCCUCCUAGUAGCUACUUCACGUACACAUGGCACAGAUCACCUGAUAAAUCUUAAUCUACUACAAUGCUAA